AUGGCGUCGUAUAGGCCUUUUCCUCCGGCGCCCCAAUCAACCUUUGCUCCUCGACCACCACCGCCGGCGACGAAUCAGCCUCCUCCGGCGAUUCCCUCGCAACAACAGGGGAAUCAGUAUUCUAAGAACUGGAGCUCUUAUUCUCAACCGCAGCAGAAUUAUUCCCAGUUUGGACCUUCCGGGCAACAACAGCAAUUCCCUGCGGCGGCGCGGAAUCCGAUGCCUCCCCAGCAGCAGCAAUAUCAGUAUCCUCCUCCGCCGCCUCCGCCUGACAAUUCAUAUCCACCUCCUCCGCCACCUCCUUCUUUGCCCCCUCAGCAUCCUCCCAUGUACUAUUCAUCCGGUCAGUAUUCCCAAUUUAGUCAGAACCAGCCUCCUUUACAACCGCCGCCUCCUCCUCCGCCCCCUAGUGAUGAUGUAGCUCCUCCUCCUCCUCCUCCGCCCCCAAGUGAUGAUGUAGCUCCUCCUCCCCCGCCUUCUUCCGGUCAGACAAGGGAAAACAGGAAUGGAGAGGAUAAAAGAUCGUCCAGGGAUGAUAGAGGUUCCAGGUGGCGUGAUUCAGGGCCUGCUAAACAGCAUAAGGGUCCUCCUGUUCCUCCUGGGAGGGUUGAGACUGAAGAAGAGAGAAGGUUGAGGAAGAAACGAGAGUUUGAGAAGCAGCGGCAAGAAGAAAAACACAAGCAGCACCUAAAAGAAUCACAGAAUAGAGUCUUACAGAAGACACAGUUGUUGUCUUCUGGGGCAAAAGGGCAUGGUUCGAUUACUGGCUCUCAUGUGGCUGACAGGAGGACCACUCCUCUUCUAACGGGUGAGAGGAUUGAAAACCGGCUGAAGAGACCUACUGCGUUCGUUUGCAAGUUAAAGUUCCGUAAUGAGCUUCCAGAUCAGACUGCACAACCGAAGCUUAUGUCAUUGAGGAGAGAUAAAGAUCGGUUUACAAAAUAUGCGAUCACCUCACUGGAGAAAAUGCACAAACCUCAAUUAUAUGUUGAACCUGAUCUAGGAAUACCACUGGAUUUGCUUGAUCUUAGUGUUUACAAUCCUCCCAGAGGCAUACGUCUGCAAUUAGACCCAGAGGAUGAGGAAUUAUUACGCGACGAUGAUCCUGUGACCCCAAUUAAAAAGGAUGGCAUUAAAAGGAAAGAAAGGCCCACUGACAAAGGUGUUUCUUGGUUGGUUAAAACACAAUAUAUUUCUCCUCUUAGUAUGGAGUCGUCCAAACAGUCUCUCUCUGAAAAGCAAGCAAAAGAAAUGCGAGAAGGUCGCUCACUUUUGGAGAAUCUUAAUAGCAGGUUGGAUGUGAUCUUAAAUUUGAUCAGGUUUCCUGUCAAAAGGGAAAGACAAAUCCAGGAAAUUGAGGCUUCCUUUGAGGCAUGCAAAGCGAGGCCUGUUCAUGCAACUAACUCUAAACUACAACCUGUCGAAAUACUCCCACUUUUUCCAGAUUUUGAUCGUUAUAAUGACCAAUUUGUUGUUGCAAACUUCGACAAUGCUCCGACUGCUGAUGCGGAAAUCUAUGGCAAGCUAGACAAUAAUACACGUGAUUUACAUGAAUCUGAGGCAAUUAUGAAAAGUUUUAUGGCAACCAGCUCCGAUACAGCUAAGCCUGAUAAAUUUUUGGCAUAUAUGGUUCCUGCACCUGAUGAGUUAUCAAAGGAUAUUUAUGAUGAAAGUGAAGAUGUAUCGUACUCGUGGAUUCGCGAAUAUCACUAUGAUGUCCGAGGUGAUGGUGCAGAUGAUCCGACAACUUAUCUUGUGUCAUUUGGGGAGUCGAAGGCUAAUUACAUUCCUCUACCCACAAAACUCAUUUUGAGAAAGAAGAGAGCUAUAGAAGGAAAAUCUAGCGAUGAAGUUGAGCAUUUUCCAGUACCUUCAAGAUUGACUGUUAGAAGGAGAUCAACCGUAGAUGUAAUAGAGCUAAAGGAAGCUGGGGAAUAUUCAGCUUCAAAAGGUAAUGGUUCAAAUUCAAAGAGAUCAAGAUUAGACAUGGAAGAUGGCCUUGGCCAAUCACAAUUGGACAUGAAUGAUAUGGAAGGUGAUCAAUCGAGCGGAGGCGAGUAUGAUAUGUCCGAUUGA